UGCAGCUGCUUCUGGCUCUGCGGAGCAUCCUUCGGUGCCUCUUCCCCCAGGCCUGGUGGCUGCAUACACGAGCCGGGAAAACGCUCGGCUGUUGCACUGGCUGCUCCUAGAGGAGGCCUGGGGUCUCUCUCCUAACUUCUCACCCACUGGGAAGAAGCCUGGAAGGAGCCAGGAGGAUUUGGGGAAAUCUCUGCACCCCCCCAGCGCAGCCUUGCAAGAGGCUGACCAGCCCCAGCCGACCAUGGAAGGAGCUGCAGAUGCUGCCUAGUUCUUUUCUCCCCUUCCUGAGUUUCUGGAGCUCUCUGUAAAGCACAAAGUUCUGUUCCCCGCCCUGGGCGAUGCUGCCUCCUAGGAACUAACUGGAAAACGCCUCGUCCGUCUAGCUGCAAGAUUUCAGCCGGCAGCGAGAGGAUGGAGAACAAGGCCAUGUACCUGCACACCUUCAAUGAGCGGGAGAACGGCUCCAUCUUUGAGGAGUCAUUUGAUGGAAGGAACCUGUCCAAACUGAACCUCUGCGAGGAUGGUCCAGGCGGCAGGAGGAGGGGAACAGGGCGCUGUGGCCGGCUGGGCUCCAUCGCGGCUCUGAAGUACGCAGUGGUCGGACUCUACCUGCUCGUGUUCCUGAUCCUCGUCGGCGUCUUCAUCCUGGCAGUCUCCAGGCCGCAGAGCUCCCCCGAGGACUUGAAGGCGCUGACGGGGAACGUGAACCGCCUGAACGAAAGCAUCAGGGACAUGCAGCUCAAGCUGCUGCAGCUGCCGCUCAAAGGGGACAUCCUGGACCACAUCUGGCGGCUCCAGGAUCUCCUGCAGAAUCACUCGGACUCCCUCUUCCUGAUGACGGGCUCCCUGCAGAAGCUGGAGGGGUUCCUCUGGAGCCUGCAGACCCAGGCGAGCCAAACGGACAAGGCCGUGGCCAGCCUGAGAGACAGCUUGAACCAUCAGAGCGACAUGGCCCAGCUGGAGACUUACAGGCUCUCAGUGGAGGGCAACAGCAGCCGGCUGCUGCUGGAGCACCACGACAGCCUCCUGACGCACCUGGCCGCCCAGGUGGAGAGCCUGAGCGACCAGCUGACCGAGGUGGGCGGGGCCGUGGGCACCAUCAACAGGACCUUCUCCUACGACGUGGGCAUCCACCACACCCGGAUCCAGGACCUGCAGGUGCUGAUCAGCAAUGCCACGGAGGACGCCCGGCAGAUGAGGCGAAUCCAUAUCGCCAUGGAGCAGCAGCUGAAGCAGGAGCUGGCCAUCCUGAACAAUGUGACUGAGGACCUGAGGCUGAAGGACUGGGAGCACUCCAUCGCCUUGCGGAACAUCUCCGUGAUACGGGGGCCUCCGGGACCAAAAGGCGACCAAGGCAAUGAAGGAAUGGAAGGUGAACCUGGAGUUCCUGGUUUACCUGGACUAAGAGGGCUCCCUGGGGAGAGAGGGCCUCUGGGACCACCCGGCCUGAAAGGAGACAAGGGAGACCUCGGCCCGUCCGGCCCUACUGGGAUGCGGGGAUUCAAAG